CAUCACCACAACAUCAAGUUGACAUUCAGUUUUAAAAACAAAUAGGAUGUGUGCCUGUGAUGCAUUCGGUUCCUCAGAAAACAUGUGUACUGGUGGAGUAGUCUUAUCUGGUGGGCAGGAAUGACCUCCUGUAUUUUAAGGAGCCUCCAGCUGAACACUCCCUUGACUUUCAUAGUUGCCAGCUGCAAAUAAAACUGUUCUGGCCUCAACAGACUAGUUGCUGCACACACUUAAAGACCUAAGAUUCCCAGAAAGUAGAGCCUACUGUGUCCCUUUCCUGAAAUUUUACUACUUGCUGCAACUCCUUACUGGCAGGCCUACCCACAUGCACGGUCAAACCUGUGCAGAUGAUCCAGAAUGCUGCAGAUUUGGUCUGGUUUUCAACCAGCCAAAAACAGCUCAUGUCACCAUCAGAUCGCUUCACUGGCUUCAGUUGCUGCUUACAAUGAAAACAGCUCCCUCCAAGCUGAACUCUCUCAUUCAGGUCUACACUCCCUUCCACUCGGCCAACAAAAGGCGCCUGAUACAACCACCACAACAGGGCCGAUUGAUAGCUAGACUUUCUCCUCUGUGGUUCCUCGCUGAUGGAACUAAUUACCAAACUCUGUUCGAUCUGCAGAGUCUCUCUCAGUCUUUAAGAAAAGACUAAAAGCCCAGUUCUUCACUGAACACCUUUGCAAUUGACAGACUGCAAAAAAAUAUAAUUCCUAUUACAUCCACUCCGCCUAUAAACACCACGGUCCUAUUAUUACACUUGAACUUGUUUCAUGACACUUUUCCAGGUUGUUUUCUCCUGACUAGAUCCUUGCUUGGGUUGUAUCUACUUUCAGAUGUAAGUCCCUUUGGAUAAAAGUGUCUGCUAAAUGGAAUUGUAGAAUCAUAGAAUUGUACUUCCGUAUGACAAUGAAAACUUUUUGGUGGUUUGUUUUGCUGUUUUCUCAUAUGUUUGUUGGCUCUGUGGGCUCCUUAUUACACACUUCCUUGAGAGGUGUUUCUCAGACACAGACACAAUUUGUUAUUUUCCAUAUACAAUUUGAUAUAUUGCCAGAAAAGAAAUAUCUGUCAUGAUUAUCUGAACUUAAUAAAAAGAACACAAUCAAAACAAUUUUUGAAUAAGCUCAUUUUAAUAUUGUUUGGCUAAUUAGAAGGUGGUUGUUACUAAAUUGGGAUGCUUAUUUAGUUAACAUUUUAGUGAUAUCCAGUUAUUUUUUAUUAAUAAGUGAUUGUUUCCAUAAUAAAUAAUUCUGGAAUUUGUAAAGACAUGAUCAUGAUGAACAUUAAAAACAUUAGUUAUUUUUACUUUUAAUUAAAAUAUAUGCAAGAUCUAUCCCAUGGACUUCAAAAGCCCCUCAAUUAUAUAUUGAACUGGGAGAAGGCUGGUUGGUUCCACAGACAGAUGGAUGGUUUUAUAACCAAACAGUUCUGGUCUGCUGCAGCUGAAGACCCUGCAAAGCCAAAAUUGGAGGCUGCUUCAUGUUGUUUGCCUCGAGUAACACGAGCGCAUGUCUAAUGUGAUAAAAACCUUAGUUAAACACAAUUUAGAUCCUUAGAUUUCCUCAAAAGCAUUGCUUCUGCUCAGUAACACUUGCAAGUUAAUUUGUAAUAAAGAAAAUUUUAGUUAAAUCUGCUAAAUGUGCAUCUUUGCUCUGACAUUUUUAUUUUCCCGAACCUUUCUGCAACAAAUGUGAUUCUUUUGAUUCCUGUGUGUAAGCAGACAAAGAUAAAGAAUAACCUGACCAGGUGCAUGAAAACAUUGCCCUCUCCUGGACUUCUGUUGUCAUUUAGGUGUUCCAACAGGUCUUUAUACAGAACACAGUGCAACACAGUCAGAGGUGAGUUCCCCAAGCGUUAGCACAUAAAGCAUAAACUAAGCUAAACUUAAUAUAUCAGCAAAAAAAAUUAGAAUAAAAAAUAAAAACAAAUUUUCUAAAAAAUAUAUGCCUUUCUACCUAAAAGAAAAAAAAAUAAUGUGAUGUUUAUCUUAGAAUGAUUGAAUACCUACAUAUAAGCAACAAUUUAAAAAAAGGCAACCAAGUGUCCUAUUGUGGCCCUCGAAUCUUGGGCAGGUGUAAUCGCUCAAAAACCUUUUUCAUUGUAAAAAAGAAAAACAUUAUCUCUACCUACCUCCUCUGGUUUCAACGCCUUCUUGCAGAAUAUAAAGAUGAAAGAGAAAGAAAUAUGCACAGCAGUUAAACAUUGUUCGCAGUGCAGUCAUAGCUUUUGAAGGUUCAAACAGUCCCAAGAAGAACGGAGCAAAGUUUUUGAUUUCAUUUCACAGCUGAUGCACUUAUCUGUGGCCUUAUUAAUAAAAUUAAUAAUGUUUUCUUCAUUAUAGUAAAAUCAGUUUGUACAGCAUAAGACAUAGAGAGAAAUUUUCUCAAAAAAAUUCUCCCAGAAAUACUUCCAGCAGUUGACUUGUUACCAGUUUUUACAAACAUCAAGACGGUGCAGCUCAUGUAUCAGAAUAUAUUCAUGUUUUAAUGCUAUUUAUCAAUUUGUGUUAAUUUGAAAGCAACAAUAGUGUUUGAAAAGCCAGAGUUUUAACCUGUUUGACUCAUCGUGACUUUUCUGUUGUGUUAACUUUCAAACAACAAUGUUUAUUUUGAUUCCUGAAACAGUUUUAAAUAGUUUUUUUUCAUUCAGUAGAAAAAAUAUUGUUUGCCUCUAUGUUUAGAGGAGGUUUUGAGGAUUUAAGAAUCACACUCACAACAGCCCUAAGUGAUUUUAGAUACUGUUUCACAGUAUUUUCCAUUUAUUUUUCUGAUUGUAAUAUCUGACAAGCAGUACACCUGCCACUUUUCAUAACAGACUCUUCAAUACAGUUGAUAGUUGGAAAAGCUACAGUGUGCUGUGUGAAAGACAUGGCAGCAACAGUGUAUUUCAAAAAUAACACCUUUUCUGCUGCUGGGCAAAAAGGCACAUUUGACAUUCUAGAAUCCUCCUGAUAUCACAGCCAGGUACAAUUGUGAUGUCACAUUCCGACAUCAUCAGGCAGCAGCAUAAAAAGGACAGAUUCAGAUCAAAUCAGUCAUUCGGUUGGAAAUAUCUCCACGAGACACAAACUAAGCCACAGAGUUGAAGGACAACGAACCUCGAGACAAACUAGUCUUCUACAGACCCGACAUUUUCACAGAUCUUCAGAGAAUCUUUGCUUGUGCGUCAUGGCUCAAAGAUUCAAACAAAAACGGCAACAAGGAUACGCUACCAAUCCUCGCCACGGUGGUCACCAAAACCAAGCUCAGGAACUGGCUGAGCUGCGAAAAGCCUUGGAGGCAUGCCAGGCUGAAAACCAGCAUCUGAUGGAGCACAAUCACCACCUGGAAGAGCACAUCAACAUGCUUGUGGAUGAUAAUAAGAAGAUGAGUGAGAAACUGAUCCAGAACAACACCCUGUUCGGCAUUAAGGAUGCUCUUGUGACAAACAGGGAGGUUUUGAUUAUAGAGCUGAAAGAGCUGCUGAAGGCUGAGAGGCAAAGAUUCACCAAGUCCAGCAAGACCAAGGAUCAAGAGCUGAAUCAGCUGAAGGAACAGCUCAGACAGAAGGAAGAAGAGAUGGUGAGACAGCAGAACCAAGAGGAAGUGAAGGAGGCAGUGCAAGAGUCAAAAGACCUGAAGGACAAUACUGUCCUGCAAAAUGAAAUGAUUGAGGAAGAAAGAGUGCAGGAAGUAAAAAACCUGCUGGAAGAUGAAAAACUGCAGGAAGAAAAAAACCUGCUGGAAGAUGAAAACCUGCAUGAAGAGGAAAAAGUGCAGGAAGAGGAGAAACUGCAGGAAGUAAAAAACCUGCAGGAAGAGGAGAAACUGCAGGAAGUAAAAAACCUGCUGGAAGAUGAAAACCUGCAUGAAGAGGAAAAAGUGCAGGAAGAGGAGAAACUGCAGGAAGUAAAAAACCUGCUGGAAGAUGAGAAACUGCAGGAAGAAAAAAACCUGCUGGAAGAUGAAAACCUGCAUGAAGAGGAAAAAGUGCAGGAAGAGGAGAAACUGCAGGAAGUAAAAAACCUGCAGGAAGAUGAAAACCUGCAGGAAGAGGAACAAGUGCAGGAAGAGGAGAAACUGCAGGAAGUAAAAAACCUGCAGGAAGAUGAGAAACUGCAGGAAGAAAAAAACCUGCUGGAAGAUGAAAACCUGCAUGAAGAGGAAAAAGUGCAGGAAGAGGAGAAACUGCAGGAAGAAAAAAACCUGCUGGAAGAGGAGAAACUGCAGGAAGAUGAGAAACUGCAGGAAGAAAAAAACCUGCUGGAAGAUGAAAACCUGCACGAAGAGGAAAAAGUGCAGGAAGAUGACAAACUGCAGGAAGUAAAAAACCUGCAGGAAGAGGAGAAACUGCAGGAAGAUGAGAAACUGCAGGAUGACGACAAACUGCAGGAAGAAAAAAACCUGCUGGAAGAUGAAAAUCUGCAGGAAGAGGAACAAGUGCAAAAAGACGACAAACGGCCAGAUGAGGACAAAGACUCAGAGGAGGAGAUAAAAGAAAUUGAGGAGGAACAGGAAAUCCCAGAGGUGGACAACCAAGAGGUCCCUGUCAAGAAAAACAAGGGAUUCUUUGGUUUCUUCAGAAGACUGAUGGCAGGAAAGACAGAGGAAGAGAAAAGGAGCAAAAAAGAAAAAAAAGAGAAACAUGGCCGUUGGAGUUGCUUACACUGAAGUUCGACUAUGACAGCAAGUUGAGGAGGCUGCUCUUUCAUCCUCCUCCCCUCUUCUCCCUCUCCUCACCCUUUCUCUAUCCUCCACCUCUCCAUCCUCCACCUCUCCAUCCUCCACCUCUCCAUCCUCCACCUUUCUAUCUCCCACCUCUCUAUCCUCCACCUCUUCCAUGACUAUCCACAACCAUUUCCAUCUCCUCCACCUUCAUCCCUCCUCUUCUUCUGGAUCCUUCCACCUACUUCUUUCUCCACCCUCACCCCCUGUCUCCUCUCCAUCACUCCUUCUCUACCUUUCUUUCUUUAUUCCAGCCCUCUUCCAUCUCUAUUACCCCAUCUCUCACUUUCCUUUCACCCUCUAUCUCUCUCAAAAACAUUAAAAAAACAAAUAAAAAAGAAAAAAAAUAACUCUAAUUGUAGUUGUUUGAAAGUAAGAACAAUAUCAAUUGAAAAGAAAGCAACAAGUUAUCUUUCUGCAUGUUUCUGCUUCACUGAACAAACAUGACUUAAUCACAAUUCUAGCUGUUGUUGUUCAAAUAUUCACAAUUCACUUCAUGCAGUUUGUUGGCUGAACAAAAGUUCAUUAAAUUAAAUUAAACUCAAAAAGGUUAAUGCAAAUAGUUGUGUUAUAUUUAUUUAUUUUUCAAACAUUUCAAACAUUGCUUUCUAGAGUGGAUGGUGCUCAGAGUUAGAAUUAGAUUAUUGAGAAAACUUUCACACCCAUGAGAGUGAGUGGAGGAAAUUCUCAAAAGCCUUUUACAUGUCUCUGUUGGUCUUUAUGUCAAGUUUGUACUAUCCUUUCAUUCAUAAUAAGCUUUUGUUUGUCAUCUCCUCCUCAUAGUAGUUGGAGUUGGGAUGGAUAACAUCUAGUCCAGUUACUAUAGUAUCAUGCUAUUAGGUUUGCUCUGUCUGCAUAGCAGUUUGGUCACUGAUCAAAAGAAAAGCAGUUCAUAGAAUCUUCUGAUGUCUGCCAAUAUCAAGCAAUAUGAACAUCUGUCAAUAAGCCAAGACCUACAGCAGGUCAUGAACUGACAAAGGAAAACAGUUCCAGCCUUAAAAAAAAAACUGACUUGAUAGAGGAAGAGUGUCUGUGACUGAUAAUGUGGGUUUUCUGUGUUACUGUUUUUCAUGUUUCUGUCCUACCAGAGAAAAUUCUUCUCGGGGGAAAAUUUCCAGACACAACAAGAGUCAAAGUGUUUCCUGUGUUCAAAAACAAACGUUGAAAAAACGGAUGGUCUUAUAAUCAGGGACAUGUUAUAUUCAGACCAUUUUGCUAUGUUUAACCCAACAUCGUGUACUUCCUAGUCUUUGCUGUCAUGCUGCAGCAUGUCAUGACCAUCAGCUGUAGAUCAGAUCUCUGAGGUUUUUUGGUUUG